AUGGGACAGAGACACAACCGACGACGAACCCGUCCACGCUCUCGCAAUCGCAGCGUCAACACUGCUCCCUUCGACUCCUCCCUCAACCCAGCUGUUUCUGAAAUCUGUGAUUCACCCGACUCCAUCCCGAAUCCCAUCGCCCCGACUUGGCAUUUUGGGCAGACGGUAUGGCAAGCACGUGAACACACAUUGCAGCUAGAGGCAGAACAGUGUCGUCUCUUUGGGGGCGAGCCCGGCGAUGAUAUUGGCCUUUGUUACCGCAUGUUGGAGUACUUCGGUGGUCUUGAUUAUAUCGAUUCCCCACAUUCUUUGAAAUCGAUGCCUGGAUGA